GAGGCAGUAACACUGCAGAUUAGCUCCAAACAAGUGCUCUUCCAGAAACGUACUUUUCUCUGGGCGUCCUACACUCCUCCUGGGGGCCAGUCCAGAGUUCGAUUUGCCACGCUGCCCCUCUUCCCCACACAGCCUUUCAGACACCAGCCAGCUUCUCUCCUUGUCCUCGCUCCACCUUCUGUCACACAUGCCACUUCUGACAUCAUAAUCCCUCAGCUGCAGCCUCCGGCCCCACCCCUGGGGAUGCUGGUCAUCCACAGCUGCCACUAGCUCUCCUCUGUCUGUCGGGUCUGGGCCUCUUGAGUCAAUGUGAUCCAUCUGCCUGUCCGGUCGGCCAACUCCAUGGAUGCGUUUGCCCCACCGCGGCCUCAGGAGCGCCCUCCCUCUCCGUGACCUGUCAGGCCUCUCCAAAGAGUUAGAUGCUGAAAGCAUGUUUGCCUUCAUCAAACAUGGAGAUAAUCAGCAGUUUCUGAUCAACACCAACUGCACUGUCCAUGUGUUGCUGCUUUAUAUCCGCGGUAAACUAGGGUUGGCUAAAACAGAAACCAUCGAUCUGUGUGACGAAACGGGGGCCAUGAAGUUGUUCUUCCUGAUGAAGACCCCUGGAGAAUAUGCCAGCAAAUUCCUUACUGCUCGAAACACCUACCACGUUUGUAGGGUGACGCGCGGGGCACCAGGAUCCCGACUUGAGAAUGCCUACCUAGCUUUUGUGCCCUUCCUGAAGAAUCCAGGACCCUGGUUUCUAGAUUCCUUACGCACGCAAUGUGACAUGCUGGAGAAAAACCGGGUGAAAAUGCUGAAACUCCAAGAAGCCGCCAAGAAAGUCGUUCCCGUUGAAUCCACUGUGACCCUUCCGACCAAACCAUCUGGAAAAUCAGAUGAAGACGGACCGCCCCCGCGCAGGAGUCCUUUCUAUAAGACAAGAGCGGACUUUCUCACUAGGAGGGAAAGACAAAGGCUGAAUAAAUAGUGACCAAGUGAGAGCAGCAAGGAGACC